ACACUGACUGCAUUGCAUAGCCUCUGUGCUUUCGCCCGCCGCCACAGCACAGCGCUUUGAGCCGCGGUCGUGUGCGUGCUGGGAGCGGAAACCUGUUGGCGUUGGUUCAGUUGCCUUCUUGUUUUGUAACGCGUAGAUCAGACAGCAGUUGGCGUGUCAGUUUUUCUGGCUUAUCAGUAAUUCAACAGUCCAUAACACCAAAUAGUGAUAGUGUUGUAUUUUAGUGAACACUCGUACAGUCUUUGCUGCGAAAAUGAGUUGCGUGCGAAGUUUCCGAUUACUGAGCAAGUUGUGCAAGGAACUGGGAACAGCGAGUCAAGUAAAGAAUGUCCCUGCUAGAACAUUCAGCAGCUCGUCAGCUCUCCGCUACUCUGAAGAGGCACAACCUCCACCCCUCACACAGUUCACAGAGGAGGAGAUCAUGAUGAAGGAAUCAGUCUCAAAGUUAGCCAAUGAGCUGAUUUCUCCACUCGUGAAGAAGAUGGAUGAUGAUCACAAAUUUGACCCAAAAGUUGUUGAUGCUCUGUUUGAAAAUGGGUUAAUGGGUCUGGAAGUACCAACGGAGUAUGAAGGGACAGGUACAUCCUUCUUAGCAUCAAUGUUGGUGGUGGAGGAGUUGGCCAAGGUAGACCCGUCUGUCAGUGCACUUGUAGACAUUCACAACACUCUGGUCAACGCCCUCCUGAUAAAAGUUGGGUCGGAAGAGCAAAAGAAAAAGUAUCUACCUUUGUUAUCCAGGAAAUAUCCUGGAAGCUUUUGCCUGUCUGAACCCUCCUCAGGAUCAGAUGCUUUUGCUUUGAAAACAGUAGCAAAAAAAGAUGGAGAAUAUUACAUUAUAAAUGGCUCAAAAAUGUGGAUAUCAAACUCAGACCUAGCUGGACUUUUCCUUGUUAUGGCCAAUGCUAAUCCGUCAUCUGGGUACAAAGGCAUCACCUGUUUUGCUGUAGAAAGAGACACACCAGGAUUUGAAGUUGGAAAGAAAGAAAUGAAACUUGGUAUUCGCGCAUCAGGAACAUGCACCCUCCAUUUUGACAAUGUCAAAGUCCAUGAGAGUGCUAUAGUUGGUCAGUAUGGACAUGGAUACAAGUAUGCGGCUGGAUUCCUGAAUGAAGGAAGGAUUGGAAUUGGCGCUCAGAUGAUUGGUACUGCUCAAGGAGCUCUGGAUAGAACCAUUCCUUAUACUCUUGAGAGGAAGCAAUUUGGACAAGAUAUAUUUUCCUUCCAGUCGAUGCAGCAUCAGGUGGCCCAGGCCGCGACACAGCUGGAGGCUGCCAGGUUACUAGUCUACAAUGCUGCUAGGCUGCGAGAGGCCGGCCUACCAUUCGUGAAGGAGGCCGCUAUGGCAAAACUUUAUGCCUCAGAAGUUGCCCAGAUGGUUACUAUCAAAUGUAUAGACUGGAUGGGUGGACUUGGUUUCACACAAGAUUAUCCUCAGGAGAAGUUCUACAGAGACGUCAAAAUUGGAGCCAUUUAUGAGGGAACAAGUAACAUGCAACUCAGCACCAUUGCUAAAGCAAUCAGAAAGGAAUAUAGUUAGUGCUUUCAAACCUGCCCCAGGUCUUGAAUCAUCAUUAUAUUCAAUUACUGAACUAUCUGCCACAUUCCAUUUUACAUGUUCAUAUAACGCAGGAGUAAUGUGGACAUAUUCAAUAAUAAAUCUAUUUAAAAUGUGCAAAAAUGGCUAGGCAUAGAUAAUAAAAAGUGCUAAAUUAUGUACAGUGUGUUUUUUAUAACUAAUUGUAUUUUAUAUUCAUGUGAAAAAGAAGUAAAAAAACUGUUGAUGUAAAAACGUUAAAUAAAUAUCUUACAAAGAAA